CUUUUUUAGAUUCCAACAAUCUUUUUGCUCUUUGCUUUCAAAUUCCUUAAUUGAGUGACAAAAGCACCAUCUUCAUCAUCAUUGUUUAAAGAACAACUCUUUUCACUCAAAUUCUACUGUAAAUCUUUGCUUCUUUCUUAAAAAGACUAUACUUUCUUUUGCUUAGUUUUUCUCUGGGAAAAAAUUAUGGGUUCUGUUUCUUGAUUCUCGAUUUCCACUGUGAUUAUUUAUCUGGUUGUUCAAGAAUCUUCACGUAUUUUGUGUUUUUUAUCAUGGAAAAAGACGAGGCUUUUAUGGCUGAGGUGCUGAACAGGACAGCAUCACGACAACUAACAUGGAACACUGAGGUGCUGAAUUGUGCAACAGAGAAACUGGGGAAUCAUUUUCUCAACCCGAAUUGGGAUAAUUCAAUGGAUCAGAGCGAUCCCUUUGAGUCAGCAUUGAGUUCCAUGGUGUCUUCUCCGGCAGCUUCCAAAGUCCCUGUUUCUGGGGAAAAUGUAAUGAUGAGGGAAUUGAUUGGAAAAUUAGGGAACAUAUGUAAUUCUGGUGAUGCUUCUUGUUAUAGUACUCCAUUGAAUUCACCUCCAAGGUUUGAUCUUUCAAUGGUGAAUUUGCUGAAUCAUUCAACGCUGGUGCCGUUUUCCGCUGACCCUGGAUUUGCUGAGAGGGCUACUAGAUUUUCCUGUUUUAGUACCGGCGGGGAUUCCGGUUGCUUCAAUGGUCCAUUAAUGGAUUCUUUUAAGCUUUCCUGCAAUCAAUCCAUUAAUGUAAAUGGAUCUCAGAACAACAAGAACUCAGCAAUGGCGGGGAAUUCUGAUUCUGAUAAGAAAAACAGUGGGGUUUCAAGGUCUUCCUCGCCGGAGAAUGCCGAAUCCGGUGUUUCCAAGGAAGAAUCUUCAGUUUCUCAGCAGAUCCCAUCCCAGAACGAUGCCGGUACCAGGAAAAGGAAAUCAAUUCCAAGGGGAAAAGCAAAAGAAAUCCCAUCUCCAGCAGCUGCUGAUGCCAAGGUUGCAUCAGAGAAUGACGAAUCAAACUCGAAAAGAAGCAAGCGAGAGGGAGCCCCGUCUGGAAAUGGGAAUGCUAAAGCAUCAAAUGAUGGGAAUCAGAAGCAAAGUAAAGAGAAUUCGAAGCCGCCGGAGCCGCCGAAGGAUUAUAUCCAUGUCAGGGCCAGAAGGGGUGAGGCAACUGAUAGUCAUAGUCUUGCAGAAAGGGUUCGAAGAGAGAAAAUAAGUGAAAGGAUGAAGUUCCUUCAGGAUCUUGUUCCUGGUUGCAAUAAGGUGACUGGUAAAGCAGUUAUGCUUGAUGAAAUCAUUAACUAUGUACAAUCCUUACAGCGCCAGGUUGAGUUUCUAUCUAUGAAGUUGGCGACCGUGAAUCCUAGGAUGGAUGUUAACAUGGAAGCCCUUCUAUCGAAGGAUAUGUUCCAAUCCCGUGGAGUGUUACAGCAUGGAAUUUAUCCGAUGGAUUCUUCACCGGCAUUCCCUUGCGGUUAUCAUCCCCAGCAAGGGCUACUACCACUAAACAAUGGCAUACCGAAUACUACCGAGACUCAAUUCUCGAUGAAAACACAAGGCUUUAAGCUGCCUUCGAUCGAUGGUUUCAUCGAUGCUCAUCCUCAGGUCGGAUCAAUGUGGGAGGAUGAUAUCCAGAGCAUUGUUCAAAUGGGGUUUGGCCAGAAUCAGCCACAAAGCUAUCAAGGCUCAAUAUCAACAGGACAAGUGAAGAUCGAGCUAUGAACUACCAUUAAACAACACCAUUCUGAUCCAGUGAUUCCCCAUUGUAAAUAGAAACGGAAAGCCUCAUUUUCCCAGAAAUUGUUUCUGAGACCAGAUACUUCAGAGAUUUCUUACAACAAAUCUUGAUUUGUAAUAUUUUAGGACUAAUUACAAUGAAGUGGUCCAUAUGCCACAGUUUGAAGACAUGUUAGCUUUGGCAAACACUAGUCUUUGUGGGGGAGGUUGAAAGAAGAGAUGAAUUUUUAUGUAAUACUUCUGUUUCAACCAUAUGUAUUUGUCUUA